AUGGGGAUAGCACUGAAAAUAUCUAAAGUGGCUCUCCAGAAUGUGUUCAAAGACACCAAGACCAAUUUCGCUAAAAACAAGAGUGACCUCUUAGCAUCAGACAAAAACGUUGGGGCUAAUGAAGAUACCACCUCCAACAUUGAAUGGAACCAUCUAAACUACCCAUGGGUUAGUGUUUUUUGCGUGACCGAGCUUCCAACAAAGCUGCAGGGUUUAAAUCUAGUCCACUACAACGCCCGUGAAUUGGAUGCCAAAGCUUCUAACCUAUCUCGGAUUGCCCAUUAUGCUACGUUCAUUGUAUACGGAGCUCUGUCGCUCAACCUAUUAGACGUAAUUAUCCUCGCUGUGAGUGCUGGAAACAUACUAGAUUCACAUUUAUGCAGAGCUUCGGGAUAUCUCCUAUGCGGAUACUCUACAGCCUUUUCAAUAUCAUUCUCAUUGCCCCCGUUGUAUGGUGCGUUAAAAACCCAAAGCAAAAGAUUCCGCAGCGGCACCUUCUAUCUAUCAUUUGUUAUACUUGCUACAAAAAGCUCUCGUUACCUUAGAUCUUAUACGGCAUCUCAGUCAAUGCUGGUAAGAGUCAAUUCCGAGUUCAACUAA